AUGUGGGACAACGAGCAAACGGCCACGCUGACCGAGUGCAAGGAAGAACCUGAAGAUGAAUACAUCCCACAGCCGGUCAAAAAUGAUGGACAACAAAUUGUUAUCGCCGACGACGACGAGAUCGCUCCCAAUUACGUGCAGCCAAAGUUUCAUCAGCAACAGUUUAACCAGCAACAGCAGUUCCCUCAAAUGUUCUAUCAUAUGCAAAACAACCAGACUGUCUAUCAAGAUCAGCAGCAUCACUCUGGACAGUGGCAACAACAACAGGCUUGGCAGCAGCAAACUGGCCAUCAAUACCAGCAGUAUUCGCCUUUUGUUAAAAUGGGCCUGCAAAACAGCAAUGAACAACUGUUCCAGCAGUACCAUCAGGGACAAGCAACGACAACUUACAGCACAGCAUCUUUCAAUGCUCAGCAUGGACUCAAUAUGCAUCAGCAGCAGGGAUGCGUGCCUGUUACUAGCCUUCCAAGCUCAAACUUCAUGAUGAAUUCGCAGACUCAGGGGCAUAAUUCGUCAGGCGUCCCUAUCAAACAAGUCUUUACUAAUUACCAAGGGCAGCAGCUAUUCGGACAGCAGUUUAAUCAAGGCACUCAACCAAGCAUCGUGAUUCAAUCUCAUCCAAAUCAUGAGAUGUUUAGCGAGGGAACUGGCGAGGAAAUGUUCACUCUCCAGCCAGCCAUGCCCAAUCUCAAUGCUAGUUAUGGAAACUUCGUUGAAGACCCCUCAAACUUGUCGAAUGAAGAAACCACCACGAUCAAACAAGAAGAUUGUGAUGAUGAAGAGAACAAUGAUGAGCCUGCGCUUGAACUCAGCACAACAUUCGAGAACACCAAAGCUAUGAAAGACCACGUCUACUAUCUUAAGGAUUUAAUUAACGACCUCGUGCUCCAAACGAAAAUUCACGCGAAAAACUCUGGCCGCUAUCGAAAAGCCUGUCAGGACCACGACGAUAUGCUGCCUGAUGUUGCUUACGCCGAGUGCAAAUCUUUAUGUUACAAGACACUCCCAGAGAUGGCCAGGGACCCACCAAAACUAAACGCAACUCAAAUGCGCAAGCUAAACAAGGCAUUCAACUCCUUGAAGAUCAAGGAUAAGCCGGAGCUGCCGGAAAUGAAAACUGCUCUCAAAGUUAUGUGCGAAAUCGGUAAAAUCGAUGACGGCGUGGAGCAAUUGAUUGAGGAAUUAUACACACAUCCAGAAGGCUUUGAUGCUUACUGGAAUAUGCUGAACUCAGGUCAAAAGAAGUGGUUCAACAAAAACCGUAGUCUUGAAGAGAACAAGGUGGUUCCCCGCCCUUCACGUAAAAUGGGUCGACCACGAACAACCCCAACCGUCCGACGUUCUCCUAGAGGCAAAAACAAAAAUAAUAAUGCCAAGAACAAGAAGGGAGAAAAAGCUCAAGAAGAUGCUAAAGCUGGUUCAAAGAAGAAGUAA